AUGGCAGAUUACGCUUCCGACUCCUCUGAGGGAGAAUUUACAGAAACAAAUGUCCUCCUCGGAUAUACUUCUAAAGAAGCUGAGGAGGAUACUAUAAGCAAGCUGGGAGGCACUCCGGACUGGCUCGACGCAGACAAAGCCCCUUCAGCUGCGCUGGCAAGAUGCAAGGUCUGCAAAGAUAUGAUGGCCUUGCUGCUGCAGCUAAACGGCGAACUCCCCGAGAAAUUCCCCUCCCACGAGCGGCGGUUAUACGUUUUCGCAUGCCGUAGAGCGACAUGUCGGCGCAAGGCGGGCAGCAUUCGCGCCCUGAGGGGAGUGAGAGUUUGGAAGGACGCUGCCGGGACGACGAUACCACAAGUUGAAGAAAAGGUGCUAGAAAAGAAGACUGAGCCAGAGGAGAAGAAGAAGGAUGGGCCGGGCCUGGGGGAGUCGCUCUUUGGAGCGAAGCCUCUGGGAGCUGCUGGUGGAAAUCCAUUUUCCAGUGGCGCAAAUCCUUUUGGUUCUUCAGCAAGCAAUCCUUUUAGCUCUUCUUCUUCGUCCAAUCCGUUUUCAAGCCAGCCAGCCAAACCAGCCGCUACACCAGCAGAGAAGCCUGCUGCCGCUCCUGCUCCUGCUUCAGACAACAACCUCUCCAAGACCUUUGCUGAGACUCUGGCAAUAAACAACAACACCCCCCCUUCGGGGCCGCCACCUCCCGCCGAGCCAUGGCCUGAAAAGGCUUCGCAACCUACCCCUUACCCGACCCUCUUCCUCUCCGACGCAGACUACGAAACCCUCGACGAAACCCCCAUGAAGACACCGGCUAACGUGAGCAUGGCUGAUGCCGACGCCCCAGAGCCUUCUGCCCUUGAUCGCGAGGCGUUCGAAUCAGCCAUGGACGCCACGUUUCAGAAAUUCGCCGACCGGAUGGCCCAGAAUCCCGAGCAGUGCAUCCGUUACGAGUUUGGCGGCGCGCCGCUGCUGUAUUCUAAGACGGACGCCAUUGGCGAUCUCUUGACCAAGCGGACCAUGCCGGGAUGCCCCAACUGUGGUGGUAGAAGGACAUUUGAGGUGCAAUUGACGCCAAAUGCUAUUACCGAGCUGGAGGAAGAUGACUUGAGCUUGGAUGGCAUGGAGUGGGGGACGAUUAUCGUCGGUGUGUGCGAGAGGGACUGCUCGCUGAGACAUACUGCUGUUGAGGAAGCGGGCUAUUUGGAGGAAUGGGCGGGUGUUCAGUGGGAGGAGCUGUCGAAGAACAAAUAA